CUAUUUAAAAGUUUUUUUUUUUUGUGUGACGAUUUAUAAUUUUCUUUUGUAGAACAACCUCUAUGGGGGUUCGUGCGGCCCGUGCCACCGCACGAGCCAGGGUGCGCACCCUGCGACAACCCGUCAGUCCUGUGUCGACCGCUCUGCCGUGCGGACAACCGCGCACCCCAAUCAUAUACAAACAAUUACGAUAUCGCAAACUUUUAAUUUUAAUUUUCGAACACAGUAACAAUCAUUAAAAAUAUAAUUCUAAAAUUUUCAUUCCAAAUUUAAAAUAUAUACACUUUUUAAAAAUUUUUGGUGCAGCAGGGGUGUCGCCGGCUGAGUCAGCAGUGGACCAAGCAUCAGAUCAAUCGAGAAGAAAACAUUGAUCAGUAAAAAAGCGUGACUAUGAAUCCUGUAGCGAAAUACUGAAUAUGGAAGCACCAUUACCACACUUUCACCGACUAACAUCUUCGCGAUUUUACCAACAUUAUAUUUCACCACCUGUCCGUGUCUCCAGCGAUUACAUCCACGACCUUCUUCCACAACAACAUCCUACACUACUACAACAAUAUUUGGCCUAUUACAAUGAACCACUCGUGCCCCUUGAUUUAUCUCUCAAAACUACUACGCCAAUCACUCCGCCCUGUACCCCUCCACCUUCUCAGAAAAGAAAAACAUGCGAUGAUAAAACUUCCAAAUCACCUAAAAUUUUUCGCCAUUUUGAGGACAGCAGUGAACCAAAAACUGAUACUGAUGAAAAAUUGGAACAAAAGAAAACAGAGGAUGAAAAUUCAAACGACAGUGAUAGUCCAGAAGCUAAAAAAUUAAAAUUUACCAAAAAAUUUUUUGAAGAACUUAAAACUUGCCUCCCGCCUGAAACAGAAAUACCAACAAAGAGCGAAAGAAGUUCACCUGACAUUGUUGAAAUAAAAGAUGUUGAAGAACGUCCUAAAAAAUCUCCGAAACCAGCGACUCAACCUCUAAAGAAAAGUAAAGCGGUAAGGAGAUUAAUGUUUGACGAAGACAAGACAUCUCCCGUCUCCGGAACAAUCAUACGUGAUUUAGAAGAGGACGAGACGCUUGUUGUGAGAAAGGGUGACAUAGAUCCAGCUUUUAAUGUGGUUGAAGUGACCGAAGAAGCCAAAGCAUUGAUAGCGAGUAUUGAGAAUCGACUCGGAAGAUACAUUUGCAGACUAUGUCGAAGACUAUACAGUGAUGCAUUUGCUUUGGCGCAGCAUAGAUGUUCAAGGAUAGUUCAUAUUGAAUACAGAUGUCCAGAAUGCGAUAAGGUAUUCAACUGUCCAGCGAAUUUAGCAUCCCACCGUCGCUGGCAUAAGCCUCGAGUACCUGGUGCCACCAAACGUAGGGAAACCCCAUCAUCAGAUGCUGGCCGCUUCCCAUGCCAGCAAUGUGGAAAGUUGUUCAAAAGACAAGCAUAUCUAAGAAAACAUCUUUUAGCUCAUGAACAACCCGAUAAUGAAACAGAAAAAGAACCGUCUGCCUUCAGGCAAGUCCAGACAGAAUAUCCUGCUUAUCAAUCGGAAACAAACCGUGACAACAAUUUCAAUACGUUCUGGAACAAGAUUCCGCCACCUCAACAGGAGAUGAAUUGGGAGGAUGUACGUACUCGCUGCGUGUCUUCCUGCUCCUCAGAAGACUCGAGGAGCCUGGAUGUGACGGGCUCGGAGGACGAAGGUGGGGGCGUGGGAGAUGGGUGACGGCGCGUGCUGCGGCCCGUGCCGCGAUUCCCACCUUAUGCACCUCUCCCUAAUGCUCUUUAUGCCUACACCACUUCGUAUGCUCAUGAUAGUCACUUGUAUUUUUCUUAGAAAAAUAUAUAAGUACGAUGAGAUUUUCGUUCAGUUAAAUUUGUCACGUCUAUUAAUAACAUAUCAUGUCUAGAUAUAGGUACAUGUUAUAAUGUAUAAAAAUCACGUGUCACUGUAUCCGUGCACGUUAGUCUUCGAAACUACUCCAGUUGGUUCCAGUUUGAAAGUGGAAUGACAUCGGGUCAACGGUAAAUUUAUUAAAUUCAAUUAUGUAAAACAUUUUGCACAAACAACAGUGUAUUGCGUAAAACAUUUUAGCCCAAAAAUGCAUAUAUAUGCAUAUAUCUUCAAUAUGUAUUGGAUAACUAUUUAAAAAAAAAUUGAUACAACCACAUCAUUUUUAACUUAGGUCUAAAUAGUAUAGGGCACAAGUCAAACAUAACCCAAUGCCAGAGUACGAGUAUAUUGCUACAUUACAUAUUAUACGAAAUAAUCAUCGGUUUUCUAAUAUCUUAGGCAGGAAUUACAUUUUUAUCUAUAAUAUAUAGAAUUGAUUUUAUCAUAAACUCAUUGUUAACUUUGCAUCAGUUUAGAAACUCUUUAAUUAUAAGACUAUGUGUAUAUAUGUGUAUAUAUUAGUGACUAAUAGAUAUACGUAAAUACGAUAUCAGUGGUAUAUAAUUACUUAUUUAAUGUAAAUAAAUGUGAUCUCCUACAGCAACAUUCCAAAUUUCACGUAUAAGCUUGUUAAACAUGGCACGUGAGUAUUACUUUAAAUUUAACAUAGAUCUAGUUUUAGUAUUGUUUAGAAAACGAAUUAUUUAUAAAUUUUGUAGGUUUAUUACGAGUACCUAUGAAUUAGCUCAAACGCUUAUAACUUUAAAUUAGAUACUUAUUUACUAAGUUUGUUUGCAACGUUGUUUAUGUUCAGUUAUAUAUUCUAAGUACAUAAUUUUUCAUUUAAAUGAAUCUGUUUACAGAUAAUAGUCGUAACAAAUGUUAUCACAUCAUUAAAGAAGACGCUUUUUUCCCCAUUCAAUUUACAUAAAAUAAUAUUUAGCUAUGAUUUUUAAUGUUUAUGAUACUUGUAUAUAUAUGAUGGUACAAAGAUAGAAAUAAUAAAAAUAGUAUAGAGACAUCAUGAUAUACUCGUAAAGUUAAAUUAUAGAAAAACGUGCAGAAUCACAACAUCUAAGUAUACAGAUAUCGUUUUAAAAAUGAACAUAAGUUUUAAAAAUAAUAUCUAAGUAUUUAUAGAAAUUUUUAAUUGAUUUAUUCUCAUUCAAGUUAAAAAGCAUUAAUUGUAACACUAAUAUAAAUUUUAUUUAAAUGAACGUGUCCUUACGUUAUAGCACUACAAACUUUUAAAUUCUGUCUUAAUUCACACCACAUCGUAUAAUAUAAUUACUGUCAGAAAUUACAGCAAUCAUCGUCACAUUGUUUCGAUCGACGUCUUGAAUGGGCCAUCGCAAUCGAUGCACCGGCAUAUUUUUAGAUGCAAGCCAGUCCCUCAUAAAGUUUUCAGUGAUAACUGUUCAUCGGAAUUGAGUCCGUUCUGUAUGUAAGUAGGCCGACACACCUACA